AUGCCGGCAGCAACAACGCAAGCCAGGUCGACCACCGAAAUCGCCAAUGCUGGGUUCUCGCACAUUCAGUCAUCCAAGAGCACUGGGGUACGCACCUCUCCCGACUUUCUUGUGCUCGUGCUGGACAUCAACCCACUAGCAUGGACGAGGCGAUCCGAAUCACUCGACAAGGGAAAAUAUAAGCAAGUUUCCAGCGAUGUAGCUCUGGAAGAUGCGCUUGCUGCUAUCAUGAUCUUUCUGAAUGCGCACAUGGCAAUGCAGCACGAGAACGGUCUUGCCAUUUAUGCUGCAGCGGGGACAGGAACCGCGCAACUCCUCUACUCGACAGCUUCAUUUUCAGCCAAGGCGACGGGUACGGGAGUAGUUAAUUCGGCUGCGUCCACCAGCGCACAAAAGCCCGAUGCCAAUACAUACCAACACUUCAAACUGGUCGACGACCAUCUCGAGCAAGGUAUCCGGGCUACGUGCAAGUCGAUGUUUGACCGGGCAAAGAAAGCGCAAGAAGCUGUCCAUGCAAGUGCGGAUAGUGAAGCGGUCAAGCAUGCGACGCUUAGCCGCUCCAUCAAUGUCGGCAUCGUGUCUGCCCUCUCCCAAGCUCUCUGUCACCUCAAUCGGCUUGGACUGAGCGACGCUACGGACGCGGCUAAUACUGGCAAUGGGAUAGCCGCAACGGCGCAGACUCGAGCGGGUGGCGCAAACACGGCGCAAGGUGCGGGUGGAAGUGUUGGAGCCGGUAGCAUAGGCAGCUUCAAGUCGCGUAUUCUUAUCCUCAGCGUGACGCAGGACGCCUCAACACAGUACAUCCCAAUGAUGAACUGCAUUUUUGCGGCGCAGAAGAAGGGCAUCACCAUCGACGUCUGCAAGCUGUUUGGCAAAGAUACUGUCUUUCUUCAGCAGGCGUCCUACCUCACUUCGGGCACGUACUUCCGUCUCGCCGAUGAUGAGGACCAGAGCAAGAGCGAUACGGCAAGCGCCACAGAUAUGCGGUCGAGUCUAGUGCAGACUCUGCUUACGACGUAUCUGCCGUCACGGUCGAUGCGAGGCGUGAUGAACCUGCCAAGCCUCGAGAAAAUUGAUUUCAGGGCUGCUUGCUUCUGUCAUCGCAAGAUCGUCGAUAUCGGAUACAUCUGCAGCGUCUGUCUGAGUUUAUUCUGCUCGCCCAAGCCCUCCUGUCUUACUUGUCGGUCCAAAUUUCCCAAGGAGACGUUGCAACGGUACGAGAAUGAGCUCCAAUUCACUGCCGAUGCGGGCACUGCUGCUCCAGCAUGA